ACUGUCAGUGAGGUUACAGUGGAUACGAAUUUAUCAAAUCGGCGACUGCCAUUAAAAGAGCCGUGUGAAUGCCAAAAUCUGUGCUUUAGCAUUCGUGUUAUUACAAACGUAACUUGUGACACUAUUGCGGGAAAGACAACAGCAGCGAUCCCAUCCCAACUGUACAGGCCAAUAGUGUCUGAACUCGAUCAAAUAGUGUGCUGUGAUAAAGCGAGCAAAUGGCGUUGAAAAGAAUCCAAAAGGAAUUGACAGACCUACAGAGAGAUCCACCAGCCCAGUGUUCAGCAGGACCAGUUGGAGAGGACUUGUUUCACUGGCAGGCAACAAUAAUGGGGCCGAAUGACAGUCCCUAUCAAGGAGGGGUUUUCUUUCUUACAAUUCAUUUCCCCACAGACUAUCCCUUCAAACCACCAAAGGUUGCAUUCACAACGAAAAUCUACCACCCUAACAUUAACAGUAAUGGUAGUAUUUGUCUGGACAUCCUGCGAUCUCAAUGGUCACCUGCCCUUACGGUAUCCAAAGUGCUGUUGUCCAUCUGCUCCCUGUUAUGUGACCCGAACCCAGAUGACCCGCUGGUGCCUGAGAUUGCACAUACAUAUAAAGCAGACAGAGAAAAGUACAACAGACUAGCAAGAGAAUGGACACAAAAGUAUGCCAUGUGAGAGUGCCUGCGUCUAACACUACAGAAGCAAAAAGACAGUGAAACAUGUUUUUACUUUUAACAAGAGGAGUAAAAAUCAGUGAAUGUUGAGGGGUGGGGACAACUAAACAACAAACCCUUGGAAGGAAGGCAGAAACCAGAGGUGAGGAGAUGAGAGCCGCUGCUGUGUGCUGAAACCGCUGUCAUGUGCCGUUCUCCCAGAACCGCCGUCAGAGCGGCCUAGCCUGGAAUACUUCAGGAAAACUGUAAAACUGGACAAACCUUGGGGUACCACAAUUCAGGACGUUGUACUGCUGUUAGUUCUACUAUUAUUAUUGUGAUUUUCUCAGUGUUACUGUUGGUAUUCUUACACUUGUCAUCUCCAUUUGUCAAUGUGCUCUUAUUGAUGUCAUUAUUAUUUUUUGCCAUAUGAGGAAUUGUUAGGCUGAAGUUGGAAUGCUGGUCUUAACCAUUGGCCAUCUCAUUGGAGUCCCCAUGGUAACCAUUGUUUUACGUUUGCUCAAAUUGAAAAUGUUUUCCAUUGUUAUAAUACUUAGUUCAGUGAUAUGUCUUUGUCUAUUCAGGUUAUAACUUGAUGUAACACAGUUAAAGGAUGGGCAAGGAGGAGGCGAGAACCGGCUAGUCCACAUAAAUUAUAUUUUAAUGAGAAACUCAAAAACACAUAAACAAACACACAUGACGGACAUGUCCGUAAUUCUCUCUCUCUCGAACCAUCGUCACCGGCCGCCUUUAUCCCUCGCGCGCCUCAUCAGGCUGA